GAAGGCCUGGGGGUGAGGGUGGCAGGGCCUCGGAGCGCGCGGUCCCACUGCGGCGGCUGCGCGCGGGCCGGCUGCUCCGUCUGGCGUGACGGAGGCGCGGGUGUGCCGUCCUCGCGAGAUCGGGUCAGGGGCAGAGCGCGGCCGAGGGCCCCACGCUCGUGGCAUGACCUUGGACGCGGCCCAGUCGCCCGGCUGUGGAGUUGGGGUGAGCGCCACGGAGCGGCGAGGUGGCCUUGGUGGGGCCGGCGCCAUGCACACGUUGGCGUUCCUGAGCACACGGCAAGUACUGCAGUGUCAGUCGGCCGCCUGCCAGGCCCUGCCGCUGCUGCCCCGUGAGCUCUUCCCGCUGCUCUUCAAGGUGGCCUUCAUGGACCGCAAGACGGCGGUGCUGCAGGAGCUGGUGCACACCUGGCCCUUCCCACUGCUCAGCUUCCAGCAGCUGCUACAGGAGUGUGCCCACUGCAGCCGGGCACUGCUGCAGGAGCGGCCCAGCACCGAGAGCGUGCAGGCCGUGAUCCUGGGGCUGACUGCCCGACUGCACACGUCCGAGGCGGAGACGGGCACGCGGCCCCUUUGCAGGAAGCAGGUGCUGCGGGUGCUGGACAUGACAGGCCUGCUGGACGACGGCGUGGAGCAGGACCCUGGCACCAUGAGCAUGUGGGACUGCACGGCGGCAGUGGCCCGCACUUGCAUUGCCCAGCAGCAGGGAGGGGCAGGGGAGCCUGGGCCGGCUCCUGAGCCUGUGGAGGUGCGGGUGGACCUACGAGUGAACCGGGCCUCCUAUGCCUUCCUGGGGGAGGCCCUGCGGAGCAGUGUGGGCAGCCCGCUGAGGCUGUGCUGCCGGGACCUGCGGGCCGAGGACCUGCCCAUGCGCAACACGGUGGCCCUGCUGCAGCUGCUGGACGCCGGCUGCCUGCGCCGGGUGGACCUGCGCUUCAACAACCUAGGCCUGCGGGGCCUGUCGGUCAUCAUCCCUCACGUGGCUCGCUUCCAGCAGCUGGCCAGCCUGCGGCUACACUACGUACACGGAGAUUCACGGCAGCCUUCCGUGGACGGCGAAGACAACUUCCGCUACUUCCUGGCCCAGAUGGGUCGCUUCACCUGUCUCCGGGAGCUCAGCAUGGGCUCCUCGCUGCUCUCCGGGAGGCUGGAGCAGCUGCUCAGCACCCUUCAGAGCCCGCUGGAGAGCCUGGAGCUAGCCUUCUGUGCCCUGCUGCCCGAGGACUUGCGCUGCCUGGCACGCAGCCCCCAUGCCGCCCACCUGAAGAAGCUGGACCUGAGUGGGAACGACCUGUCUGGCAGUCAGCUAGCGCCGUUCCAAGGCCUGCUGCAGGCCACGGCGCCCACACUCCUGCACCUCGAGCUGACCGAGUGCCAGCUGGCCGACACCCAGCUGCUGGCCACCCUCCCCGUGCUGACCCGCUGUGCCAGUCUCCGCUACCUUGGCCUGUAUGGCAACCCGCUGUCCACGGCGGGCCUCAAGGAGCUGCUGCGGGACUCGGCAGGACAGGCCGAGCUGCGCACUGUGGUACACCCCUUCCCCGUGGACUGCUACGAGGGCCUGCCCUGGCCGCCGCCUGCCUCUGUGUUGCUGGAGGCCUCCAUCAACGAGGAGAAGUUUGCCCGCGUGGAGGCCGAGUUGCAGCAGCUGCUGCUGGCCUCAGGUCGCACCCACGUGCUGUGGACCACGGACAUCUACGGACGCCUGGCGGCUGACUACUUCAGCCUCUGA